CUAAAGAAGGAAGCAAAAUUAGAAGGAAGAGGCGAAAGCAUGGCGGACAUGGAAGGAAAGGGUAAACCUAUUUGUGAAUAUGCUAAGAGGAUUGAUCCUACCAAGGAAAAUCUGACACGUGAACAGUUACAAUUCAUUCGGCAAGCAGAGCUUGCUCAGUGGAAGAAGAAUAGCCAGAAGCUUCGCACUCGAAAUCUUCUAACUGGACUUGCUAUUGGAGCCAUAGUAAUGGGCAUAUAUGGAUACACAUUCUACUCUGUGUCACAAGAAAAGAUCAUGGAUGAAUUAGAUGAAGAAGCAAAGGUGGCUGGCAGAAUUCGAAACGCAAGGACUGGAGCAAACUAAGUUGAAAACCAUCUGGGAUUCCAGAAGCCACUUUGCAGCCAGAUUCCAACAGAACACUCAAUUUGACCUCAUCAUAAGUGGCUCCAUUUGUCUUAUAAAAGCACCACAUGGCAUAAAUAGACUCUUCAUCCCAUUGUAUGGCGAAUCUACUUUUUUUUUUUCUUUUUUUUUUUUGAGUGUACCUGGCCCCAAUUUUCAUGUGAAAAAGAUUGUCCUAACUAUAUAAAAGAUGGUGACUGAAAGGAUGCUUAAUGCUAGUGUUUGAUUAAAAUUUGUAGUAAAAUUCAAAUUAUACUAGUCAUUCAAUAAGCACUAGUCAUUUAACAGUGUGCAUUAAGAAAAGGCACUUAAAGAUCAAAUAGCUUACCCGCUAACAGGCUAAUGUAUGAAUAAACACUUGUAUAUCACCCUCAGCUAAGGCAUUUGUAAAGACUGUGUAUUGUUCUUUUGUUCAAUCCCAAAAAUGCCCUCUCCUUAAUAAAUAAAUUAAAAUACAA